AUGCCAAGCCAACAGAAGAAAGUCAUUUUUUGCAUGGCUGGGAUGUUGAGCUUUGUGUGUGCCCUCGGAGCUGUGACAGCCGUGGGGACACCUUUGUGGAUCAAAGCCACCUUCCUCUGCAAAACUGGGGCUCUGCUCGUCAAUGCCUCGGGGCAGGAGCUGGACAAGUUCAUGGGCGAGAUGCAGUACGGGCUUUUCCAUGGAGAGGGCGUGAGGCAGUGCGGCCUGGGAGCAAGGCCCUUUCGGUUCUCAUUUUUCCCAGAUUUGCUCAAAGCCAUCCCAGUGAGUAUCCACGUCAAUGUCAUUCUUUUCUCCGCGAUCCUUAUCGUUUUAACCCUGGUGGGAACAGCCUUCUUCAUGUACAAUGCUUUCGGCAAGCCCUUUGAAACUCUGCAUGGUCCACUGGGGUUGUAUCUCUUGAGCUUUAUUGCCGGCUCCUGCGGCUGUCUUGUCAUGAUAUUGUUUGCCUCUGAAGUGAAAAUCCACCACCUCUCAGAAAAAAUUGCAAAUUAUAAAGAAGGGACUUAUGCCUACAAAACGCAAAGUGAAAAAUACACCACUUCAUUCUGGGUGGUUUUCAUUUGCUUUUUUGUUCACUUUUUGAAUGGGCUUCUAAUACGAUUUGCUGGAUUUCAGUUCCCUUUUGCAAAAUCUAAAGACACAGAGACAACUAAUGUGGCUGCAGAUCUAAUGUACUGA